AUGUUCAUCAAGAAAGUGUCCAGGAUUGUACGGACAAUUCCAAGGGUCGUGGUAUUAUUGGCCGUGACGUUGGUAAUAGCGUGUUCACAGUGGCUGUAUUACUCGAUUCCUCCACAACUGGGUGAGGAUCAGGGAUCCGCUGACCAACCACUGAACCCACACUAUCACAGUCUCUAUUUCAAAUCAGACAACGGGUUCCAAGUCAUUGCUGAGCAGGAGGGCAAACAUACCUCCCUUGAAGGUGAUAUCCAUACUAUUCUGGAUUACACUGAGAAAGAGUACUAUCUGAAUGAUGAGUAUCCAGAUUUCACGGACAAGGAACGUUUAGAUGCUGAGCUGAAUAGACAGUCGACAUUCAAGGAGUUUGUCUCUGAGCUGCUAGAGAACAUUCUCAGCUCAAAACCCACGGUUGGACCCAUAAACAACGUUAGGCACUACAACGAGUCCAACAUAUACAAAAAAACAGGCGGUCACAAGAUCCCAACAAUGUCAGGAAAACUACGUGAGAAUAAUGGUGCUGAACCAAUACGAAUCACAUCAGAUGAUAGUGGAUCUUCUUCCUGA